AUGGCGUCGUUCGAUGAGGCUCCUCCCGGCGAUAUCAAGUCCGGCGACAAGAUCUUCAGGACUAAAUGCGCUCAGUGCCACACCGUCGAGAAAGGUGCCGGUCACAAGCAAGGUCCCAAUCUGAAUGGAUUGUUUGGAAGGCAAUCAGGCACAACUCCCGGAUAUUCCUACUCUUCAGCUAACAAGAGCAUGGCUGUGAUUUGGGAAGAAAAGACACUGUACGAUUACUUGCUUAACCCCAAAAAGUAUAUUCCAGGGACUAAGAUGGUGUUUCCUGGUCUCAAGAAGCCCCAGGAACGUGCUGAUCUUAUUGCUUAUCUGAAAGAAUCCACUGCCCAGUGA